GUGCGCAUGCGCGCCGAGGGUGGAGCCGCUAGGCCAAGAACCGGAAACUUAGAGACAAAGUUUGGAGCCCUUCCCCCUGCUGCGCGCUGCCUAGCUGUCUGGCCUCACAGACCAACCCAACGACGGUCGGACAAGUUUCUCUGUUUUUGUGCGCGCCAUGUCUGGUUCCUCCAGCGUUGCCGCUAUGAAGAAGGUGGUUCAGCAGCUCCGUCUGGAGGCCGGGCUCAACCGCGUGAAGGUUUCCCAGGCAGCUGCAGACUUGAAACAAUUCUGUCUGCAGAAUGCUCAACAUGAUCCCCUGCUGACUGGAGUAUCUUCAAGUACAAAUCCUUUCAGACCCCAGAAAGUCUGCUCCUUUUUGUAGUAAAAUGAAUCUUUCAAAGGUUUUCUAAACGACUUAUCAUGAACCAGUGAAUAUUCAAAGGAGGGCUAAAUUUGAAGCCUGUACAAAAGCUUACCCCUGUAACACAUGUGCCAUACUAUACAAAUUUCUACUUUUGUCAGUCCUUAACAUCUACCUCUCUGAAUUUUCAUGAGUUUCUAUUUCACAUGGGUAAUUAUUUUGUAUACACUGGCAACAGCAUACAAUAAAAUACUUGGUAAUUGUUUUUUUCUUA